GCCGGGCGUCAGUGACUUCGCGUCCGCCGAUCCGACCGGAUCCUUUUCAAGAAGUGCGGGACGUGCAUCCUUCCGCGAAAGGCCAGAGAUCUUAGAAAUUGCAUAUUACUCUCGAAUCGACUUGUAAAAUUGGACCAUUUAAUUUUGUCGUCUUUCGAAAAUCGCCGAAUGUAUAUGACCACCGCGAUGCAGCGCGACCUCGGCCGACAAGGUGUCUGAGGGAUAUCCCCGCGGGACCUCUCUACCUCCUUCUUUACCUCGUCUUCCCUCACGAUAUACGGUAGGUCCUGUUCGGAGGCUACCAGGAUGCAGCUCAGACCCAGUUAUCGAAGCGUCCGAAGGCACCCCGCGGCUUGCAUGCACGGUACAAAGCAAUAAAAGCGUCCGCGCCACGAGAUAUAUCUCGCGAGGUCCGCGUAAGAAACGGCGAAAGAAAGCCGACCUGCACCGGUAAAUCAUAAACGCCACGGGGAUCGAACUGCGGGAGAUAACUGCCUUCGCGUAAGGAGAGAAAAAGAAAGAAAGAGCGAGAGAGAGAGAGAGAAAGGGGAUCCAGCAGCUUGAUUAGUCAAGCGGGAUCCAUCAUUCGAUUGCGCGUCCAUCGAAUCCAUCUAUUCUCGGAUGCCUCGGCAACGCUAACGAAAACGAAACAGCCCGGAAGAGGAGCCUCAUCGUCGUUCAUCAUCGGGAACAGGACGUCCGGAAGAUAUCUCGUACAGAGAGGCGAAUAUUCAUCGUUUACUUCUCAUUCGUCAGUGUAAACCAUCUCUCGCGGAUAUUAUCGAUUGAUCCUGAUAAUUUUUCCGUAAGAAUAUAUACGGUGCAUUCUUUGCACGUUGAUGAUCAUAAUAGAUUUGCCGCUAAAAAAGAUGCGGCUGAUAACAGAUGAUCUGCUGCAUGUGUAAAAAGUGUGACGCAAAGUGGCAACUCUAUAAAUGGAUCGAUACUUUGACAGUGAAGCUGAAAAAGAAUCGAUUAGGUUUCGUUAGAUGGUGAUUCGUGAUCCUCAAUUUCACUACGCACUGUUGCCUCGGGUAACAGUUUAGUGUCUAGUGAAGCAAAAUUUCAUUUUUUAUCGAAUUCUGGCUAAAAUAUCCACGUUGAAUCAAUACGCAAUUUGACAACAAAAUCAAUUUUUAUUAAAAAGAUAUAUAAAUAGCGAUUAUUAAGCCCAUCAUUAUAAGUAGCGAUUAUUUGGCCCAUCGUAUGUAUUAUUUCAUUCCUCUUUCGCCUUAUAAUUUAUGAAAAAAAUUUCUUGCGUGAAGCUUGCAAAAUAAUCAACACAGAGAGGAUUGAUGUCACUAUUAUCGUGCCGCGAAACGGAAAGUGACAGCUGCCGUGCCGCAGCGGAGUGACAUAAUUAAAGAAGAAAGUGCGUCCGAGCGUCCGUUAUCAAGCGGUAAUGAGCGAGUAUCGAAAAAGGAGUAAAAAUGCUUUCGAAAGUAAACGUCGAGCUCGCUCCGCCACCACGAGGAUUAAAUGACGUUACGCCCUCGAGCUUUAUGACAUCACCCUGAAGAGGACCAUCUCGUUCGAAUCAGCCUUGUCGCAUUUGUCAUCUCCUCGUUCGUCCAACUGCACAUUUGUCUCGAUGUUUCCGAGAGUCGUUCGCGAAAAGUGACACUAUACCGAAAUAUGUGAGAUCAUGUCGUCGAACAGUGAAUUCUCGACGAUGUCCAGCGAAGAGAUGCCUUCGCUGCCCAAGUCCCUGCCGAGCUCGAGGGAGGCGACCGCCGAGGGUAGUUCCGGCUCCGGCGGCGGAUAUAUGCCGCUACGGGAGUUCCUGGAUCGAUUUUCAUUACCGCGGGUCGUCAGACUCGAGGGCACCAGCGGCAGACCGGUGCUCCUGUACAAGCAGCAGCAACGAUCGCUGAGAGUCACAGCGAGCCUGUUGAUGCACCGGUACCGACAUGACGUCAAGGUGGGACCGGAGAUCGUCAUUCCGGAAGGUUAUCCAGGAUGGUUUUCUGUGAUAUCUGGCAAUAACACGACGGGCAGCGCACGUGUCUAUCGAAGGGUGGAUUCUUUGGUGAAAACAGGAGUACCGGUGUUUCUGCUUGCGACGCCUUUAAGAGCUUACACGCUAACACAUUCAAAAAUGGAGAACGGAAAUCUGCGUGCCCAUUACACGAAGACGACGAUCAAAGCCGGCGAGAUAUUGCGGCUCGUAGCGGUCUUUCAGGAUACAAGGAGAUGCAGCACGAUCUCCUUCGGAAUUUCCGGCGGAUAUCCUGAAAAGGACCAAUACGCGCAAUGCAUCGACCUUCAUGGACGAGAAGUAUUCGCCUCGCUGUCGACUAGAGGCGAAUUUUACGCGAUCUGUCAAAACGGAAGCGUCGAUAUCGGAAGUGACGCGGUACUCUACAAGGUUCAUCAUCUCGCCAAGAAACAACUGCCUCUCAGAGUACGAUUAAUAGCGGGACCGCUGCCCGUACCGUUGCCGAAGGAAUACGGCGGUUUAAUGCAGUUGGAAACAUCGACGCGAGGUCCAAUAGUUUUGGGCUGCGUAGUUCCGGAGAGACCGGUGCAUAAUCCGGAAAUGCUCGAAUUAGUUGUAUCCGGUAACGGUGCGCCGAGAGUGCGAAGAGCUAGAUUGGGUUACCCUUCGGAGGCGAGAUUGCUAGCCUCCCCAAAAAUUCAACGAUUGCUAUCAGCCUGCAGCCGAGCGGUUGGGGAUCGUGCAACCGAGCCACGAGUGGCGCCCGUGAAACUGCAUCCAUCGACAGAUGAGAGUUUGAAAGAGAUGCAUCUGAAAAAGAUCAAGCCAAAGCCGGAGACUAAGCCAAUUCUGCAAAGUCUAAAGGAUGGACUGGAACACUUGAAGCGAAACACAGCGAAAGAACGGAACCAACAGACGAAGCAGAACACCGGAAACGGCAUUCUUGAAAGAAUCUCGAAACUCGCUCAAAGCAACAGAAAUCGCAAUCCUGCGAAGAAAUCGGCCUCGUUCACGUACGCGGUGAGGCCGGAAAUAGCCAUGAGAUCUCAGGAACGUUACUCCAGUCUAGAACCGGAAACUACCUCUCAUCAGACUCGUCAGAAUCAAAACGCCAAGCAACAGGUACAGAGAUCCGUGUCGACCAGCGUGUUGGAGGUACCGAUGUGCGUCGAACUGCAGCCCAAUUAUUCUCGUGUGAGGGACAGCCUGACACCAUUGCCGUCACCACUGAAGUUGGUCAGGACCAGCAACAAAAAUGAGGAGAUCUACGCCGAGAUCUGCGACACCGCGACGGUAAAUCAGGUACAAAAAUGUCCAGGAAGCCACGUGGUGGCGCGAAUCAGGAUCGUCGUGCAGGGCCAUGAUUCAUCCUUAGAAACGCGCAAUGUGAUUGAUAACGAGAGAUACGCGAAUUCAAUGGUGAUGAGCGAGCAGAUCGACUCUAUAAUCAGUACAGAGGACGAAGUGAUUUAUAACACAGUGUUCUGAGAUUAUCGAGUUAACGUACAAACUGCUAUGAUGAUGUUCAUAAUAAAUGACGAAAACGAGCGAAAAAAGAAUUUAAUUGUAACUUGCAACAGCGAUAUGUGAAAUUUUUAAUGUGUAGGCAAACCGGCUGUGUUCAUCGAUCGACUUUCUAUUCGCUGUUUCGAGGAAUGUAUUAUAUUACAUAAGCAUAUGCAUAUUAAGAAAACAUGUACAAUUUUUUUUGUAGAAAAAUGCAGAAAUAUUCUGUAUAUACCUUUGCCAUACGUUAAUGUACUAACAAUUAAGAAGGAAACAUAUACACAUUAAAAAUAUAUUUUUCAAUAUGAUGAAUCGCUCAAAUUAUGAAUGUAAGUAUAAUCCGCGACAAAAUAAAAUUUAUCUAAUUUUUGUUAACUCAA